CGGCGAGCGCGCAACAGUGUUCAAAAGCACCGCGACGCAUCACUACGGACUGUCUAAUCACCACUACCCAAAAGAAUCAAAAGGGGAUCGCUGAACGUUUCGUGUUUUUUAUUUGUCAAAUUUAAUUGUUUUUUGCUAACGCCAGUAUAAUUCCAUCAGAAAUUCAUUUUUUUUAAUGCACAAUCCAUACAUUUUUUUUUAGCGAUUGAGUGAAAUAAAUAAACAUUUGUUGCUAUUGACGAGUGUUGUUCUCUUGAAAUCGGUCGAUAUUAAACAUGAAACUUUAAUUAUUUAGAUUCACGUGCUGUGUGUGACAGUGUUAUUCUUGUAUUAUAAAUUAGUUUGCAAAAAGUUAGAACAUUUAUUGUUGGAAACAAACGAAAUUAAUUGCACUUGAAAAAUAACAGAUUAUAAUGAAUCCGACGGCUUGUCAACAAGGGCCUGACACAACAGUGACCGUUUCUGAAGAAGAACAAGAACCUUCAAGUUCGAGAGACUUUUACAGUAUACAGGAUUCGUUACCAGGACUAGCUCAAAGAGUAUUUCGAAAAACCGCUCAAAAUAAUAAAUUAUGUUUAUAUUUGGGCAACAGGGAUGUGGUAGUAUCAAACAAUUCCGCCACAAAAAUUCAUGGCAUCGUUUUAAUCGAUCCUGAACUACUCAAAGAUCCCAAAAAGAAAGUCUUUGGACAAAUAACAUUAACAUUCCGAUAUGGUCGAGAAGAUGAAGAAGUCAUGGGUCUGAAGUUUUGUAACGAAGCCAUCAUGUGUUUAGCACAAAUUUAUCCACCCCACGAAAAUGCACAGCGUGACCAAAAUACACCUUUACAGGAAAUGCUUAUGCAAAGGCUAGGGAAUAAUGCACAUCCUUUUUCAAUGGAAGUAACUCAUUUAGCGCCUCCAAGCGUACAAUUAGUUCCAGCCAAAGAAUACAAUGGAGCACCAAUAGGCACUAGCUAUGACAUACGUGUGUACAUAGCUGAAAGAGCCGAUGAAAAAAUUCAAAGAAAAAAUAUCGUGAAAAUGGGUAUAAAAGUUGUUCAAUUAGCUUCAACGCCUCCACCCCCAACGCCUACUCCUAGGACAGAACCAUCAAAAGGAUGGCGUCAACGUGGACCACACGCCACAUCAGAAAAACCAUUUUUGCUCAGUGACGGAAAAGUUACCCUGGAAGCUAAUUUAGACAAAGCCAUUUACACGCACGGGGAUCCCGUCCAUGUUAACAUUGGUGUAAAAAAUACUUCCAAAAAGGCCGUAAAACGUCUAAAGGUUUUUAUUGUGCAACAUGUGGACGUAUGUAUGUUUAGUAACGGUAAAUUCAAAAAUACUGUAGCUUCAGCAGAAUGCACCGAAGUCCCCAUACCCGGGAACGGCGGAACAUUGGAGAAAGAAUACAAACUUUAUCCACUAAAAGCAAGAACAAAGAAUUGGAUCGCAUUAGAAGAUUCUCUAGGUACGGCCGUCAAUAAAUCAGAAGGAUCUCUCUCUAGUACAGUAGUAUGUGUAUCGCCCGAAGACCGCAAUGUGUUCGCUAUAUACGUCACAUACUACGUGAAAGUUAAACUUCUAAUAGGUGCAAUGGGUGGACAAAUGUCUCUUAAGUUGCCUUUCAGUUUGAUGCACACACCGUCCAAUACAUAUAUAUCAGAAUGUAAAAACGCAUCAUGUGCAACAUUAGGACCAUGUCCGUUAGUUCCAACCACUACCAAAGAGACCACUAUAUCAAUUGAAGAACGAUGUACCAAUAGCGGUUUGGAACUCUGAGGCCUAACAGAAUCGGCCGAUAAUCGUGACAUUCAUUCGAUGACAGCUACGGCCGAUUUAAAUGCCGAUAACGGCGAAUCCAAUAACUUCAAGUUUCAAAGAAUUCUGUGUUGUUUUAGCAACUAUAGAUAGUGAAAGUGGUUUCCAAAUGAAUUGGAUAAAAUAUUACACUACAUUAUCUAAUCAUUAAUUUUAUAUCUAGAUAAUAAGAUAUUUUUACAUGUAAAAAAACUAGACAUUUUUAAUUUUAAUGAACUUAUUUAUAAAUAUAAUAUUAUUUAAGCUAAAAACAGCUAAGAUCCAGUAAUGCUAUUUAAAAUUCGAUUUUAAUAUCUUUUUUAUGUCCCUUAAUAUAUUAAUUUUAAUUAUAGAUCAUAGAAUGUUUCUCAAUCGAUUUUUAAUAGCUUCGUAAAAUAUGUGUUCUUAAGAUAAAAUUAAAUGUUAACGUAGGUAAUUGAUCUAUAGUUGAAAAUUAUAUCUUCGUUUGGUGUUUUUUGACGAUAAUUAGUAAUUGUCUAGUUUUAGUAUGACAAUACUAUGUAUAUUAUGUGUAUCAUAACAUGAUACUCAUUUAUUGUAUGAGUCGUCCUUUUGCAACUGGACGAAUCAUAUUUAAUAUAGCAAAAUACAAGUGCAUAAGCAUCAUUUUUCUUAUGUAGUCGACAUCCAAUAAACAAAUUUAAUUUUUCAUUUUUGAAAAACACGGUACCUAUUAAAUAGGCUAAUUUUCAGCAGGGUAGAACAAUUAUUUACUAUGAUUACCAACAUUUAAAUAAGAUUUCAAUUGUGCGGAAUGUUAAUUUUUUAAUCAACCCCUCAUAUAAUUGGUGUAUAAUAACAAUACGGUUUUCUCCCCGUUUUUAGAAAAAUACAAUACCUUAUUUGCGAAUUUUGACAAAAAGUGAGAACUCUAUGCUAAUGAAUGAAAAAUAUUAACUACCUGAAAUUUAUGUAUUAUGAAAUACAAAACAAUAUUAUUUUAAGAGUUUCUAUCAAAGCUCAAUAGUAUUAUAUUUUAUACAUUAAUAAUUAUAAGCUAUUACAUAAAAAUUUGAUUAUAUAGUCUUUAAUAAAAUUAAUAAGUUAUUAAUGUAUUUUUCUUCUGUUAAUAUUGAUAAUCAAUUGAAUUGAGAUGAUAAGUAUUAAUAAUUUUUGACAUUAAUACAAAUUAUUUACUUUUAAAAUAUUGAAUGUUAAUUUUAUAAAUAGCGCAUGAUGAAACAUUAAUUAGAACCUCUAUUAUAACAAUUAAGUGAACAGCACUAAAUUCUACAGAAUCACUAAUAAUAUAAAUUAUUUAAACUUUUUAAUUAUUUUUCCUAUUUUCAUGUACUUUUCUUAAUCUAAGUAAAAAAUAAAAUUGUUAUUACACUUAAUGUUUGACAUUUGAGUGUAGUUACAAUUCUAACCCCUAUAUCAUUUAAUUUUUUUUUUUUUUGUAACAUUUUUUUAUCAUUUGACUGUCAUAAAAGUUUAAUUUAUCUAAUUUAAAAAAACUAGAUCAUAAAAAUUAUGUACUAUUAUAAGUUUCACAGUAAAUAACACCAAAAAACCACAAUAUAAUGAUAAAAUUAAACUUUGUGUAAAUAAUUUGCAUUACGCAUGAACU